AUGGCGGGCGAUGGCGGCGGCGGCGGGCGGCGGGGCCGGGGGCUGGCAGGACCCCCACACGCUGCAGGGCUGCUGGAGAUGGCGGUGGUGGCCGGCGAGGCCCAGCCCGAGCCCCGGGAGCCCAUGGGCGAGGAGCGGCAGCAGUGGCUGAGAGCGGCCGUGUCCGAGGCUCUGGGGGGCUCUGGGGGCGCGGGGGAGCUCCGGCGCUGCCGGGUCCUGGCCGGGCCCUGCCCCGGGGAGGAGGCGGCCGAGCGGGCAGGGGACACGGGACCCCACGAGGAGGCUCUGGACGAGCUGGCAGAGCUGUGUGAGAACCUGGACAACGCCACAGAUUUCUGUGCCCUGGGGGGGCUGGAGGCAGUUUUGGGGCUCCUGGGGCACCUGUGGCCCCCACUGCGGGCAGGGGCCGCCCGAGUCCUGGGGGCUUGUGCCCAGAACCUGCCGGGGGCCCAGGCCCGGGCCCUGGCCCUGGGGGCCCUCCCCGCCCUCCUGGGGGGCCUCAGGGGGGACCCCGACCCCCGAGUGCCCCCCGCCGCCCUCUUCGCCAUCUCCUGCCUGGUGCGGGCGCAGCCGGAGGGGCUGGAGCAGUUGGAGGCCCUGGGGGGGCUGGAGGUUUUGGGGGGGGCCCUGCAGAGCCCUCACCCCCCGCUGAGGGCCCGGGCGGCCUUUCUGCUGCACUGUCUGCUGAGGGAGCACCCCAGGCUGCGAGGCCCCCUGGUCCAGCAGGGCCUGGUGGCCCGACUGGUGACGCUGCUGCGCUCCGAGCACGACGGGGCCCACGAGCACGGGCUGGGGACCCUCUGUGGCCUGGCCACGGAUUUCCCGAGGGGUUCGGGAAUGCCGAGCCCCGCCCUGGGGCUGGAGGAGCUGCUGCGGGAGCGCCGGGAGCUGCUGCAGGGCCGGGACGAGUUCCAGGAGGAGCUGGAGUUCUGUGAGCGGCUGCUGCAGCUCUGCUUCGAGACCCCCGAGGAGACCACCAUGGAUCGGUGACCCCCACCCCUCCCCUCCCUCCCCAGGACCCCAAAACACCCCCCCCACGGGGGGUCGCUGGCACCCCCAGAACCUCCCGCCGCCACGCCUUGUGCCCCUCUCCCCGAAGCUGGAGGGGGAAUAAACGCUCCAGACCUGA